CUCGCUGGUACCUGGUACCAGGUACCCGCUUGUACCGCACAUCGUCCUUGUCACCGGCUUCUGUAGUACCGGUAGCAUCGGAAACACCACCAAAAACCCAGCCAAAAAAAUCCCACCUCGUUUUCUCACAUUUUGGGUUUGCUGUUGUUUGAUUACGACCAUGUCCAAGCUCAACAUACACUGGAAGACGUUGGCGCUCGGUGCCUUUCUUCAUUACAUCUUCGCGGCUGCCAUCAAUGGUGGAAAUGAGCCGUCUCAGCCUCGCAUGCUUGCCCACGCUGUGGAAGAACCCCUGUCAGGGGAUGCGGCCUCUUCGGAAGGUCACGAGGGGGAGGUUGUCAUCAGAGAUACAACUGUGACUGUGAUUGUCUUGUUCUUGAUUGCUCUGACAAUUUGUUUUGAAGAGAUCAAGGAAUCUAUCGAGGAAGCUGCGGAUAGGGAGAUGAUGCCGGUCAUUGAAGGCUUGUUUGGUGAAUUAACUGUGCUGGGCUUUCUUUCAGUUUGUACAUUUUGCGUCACCAAGCUUGGAUGGUUUACCCUUCUCUCAGAGAAGCUGUUUGGGGAUGAUGAAGAAGAAGAGCUGCUUGAAACUUUUGAAUUGGUCCACUACAUGCUGUUUUUUAUCAUGGUUUUCUUUGGAAUUAAUGUGCUUGUACUUGUGAAAGAUGCAGAACACAUGAAACGGACUUGGUGGAUUUACAACAGAGCAUGCAGGGAUGAUGCUUACAUGGCAGAGAUGAAUGCAAUCUUGGCAUCACACUCUAAAUCCGAAGAGAAAACAACCUUCCUUAGGUACCUUGGUCGAGAAAUGACUCCCUUCCGAGAAUCCAAGAGAAAACUUAGGUCUGAGUUGCAGCUAUUUCGCGGCCUUAGGCAUGAAUUUGUGGUUGAAAGAAGCUUGGAUCCCCCGUUUCUCCCUCAUGAACAGAACCUUGUUCCAGAUGAGUUUGAUUUUGGAAGAUAUCUCUGUGUGUGCAUGUAUCAUGAAUUGGGACACAUUGUCCAUUUGCAAAUUCACACAUGGGUAAUCCUUGGUGUCAUCACAGCUAUUUUUUGGAUGAUUGCUUUGGUUGUUGAGGAUCAGCUAGAGUGGUUUUCUUGGAUUUGGGUGGGGACUGGAUGGCUCGUUUUCCUUUUUGGUGCCUUCUUUGACUACCACAUGGUUGAGAUCUUGGAAGCCAUGGCUGCCAACUUUCAACCAAUCAAAAGUACAAGACAAAGUGAGCGGGGUCCAUUAAUAAUGGGAGGAAGCAAGGAAUUGCCUGACUGGACCCGCAUUGACUUGGAUGAUUACACUCAGAAUUCCAGGGGACUGUUGGCUCGCCUUUUUCUUCGGGGCAAUUCCAAGAUAACAAGACAAGAUGCUCUGUACUGGAUGGAACGGAAAGGACCCAGGUGUUACAUGAUUGUCUUCCAGGUCCAAAUGGUAUUCACAGCUACAUAUGUAUCGAUGUUGGUGCUGAUCAUGUUUCCUUUCAGAAUGAAGAUGGGGACGCCAAUAGUUGAGAGGGUUCUCUUUCUCGUGCUAUCCUUGUUGCCUAUGUAUCUGCUCUUGAGCAAGUACCAAACAGCAGUUUCAAACUAUGUUAUGGCCUGCAGUAUUGGGGUCCACCGACGCCCAGGUGUUAUUUCUCAGGUAAUUCGUGAUGACAAAGUAUCCCAUAUCAUUCAAGCAAUGGUCACGAUGCAUAGGCUGCAGAAUACAGUAUCAUUCAAAGAAGAGGAUCCAGACCAUGCCCACACUGGCAAACAAUCCAGUGGUGAGUACUUCUCUUCGGUGGAUCUAGAAGCAUGUGGAAAAACUUUUGAUGCCAUUGAUGUAUCCAAGAGUGGUACCAUUGAAACUUCAGAUUUUGGUGCUGUGUUGAAGGGACUUGGAGUAGCUGCCACGGAGGAAAGUCUCAAAGCCAUGACUGCUGUAUUGGAUGAAGAUGGUGAUGGUAGCAUCUCUCGAGAGGAAUUCAUGAACUUCUACCGAGAUCACAUCAUGAUUCAACUGGACGACCAUGGAAUUCACCAUCUUGCUGAGACUAUGUUUCGUCAAAUUGAUGCUGAUGGCAGCGGUGAGAUCUCCAUGAGUGAAUUCAAACAAGUGUUGGAUUCUUUCAAUGUAGGUUUCACAGUGGACGAAAUUGGAGAAUUGAUCAAUGAACUAGAUGAAGAUGACAAUGGCACCAUUGGAGAAGAAGAGUUUGUAAAACUUUUGGAGAAGCACCGCCUCUUGUUUGAGAAAAUCCCAUUACCCAAACUGGAGUAACCACCAGCAAGAGAGUCCCAGCUUUUAAAAACAUUACAUAUUGCCAGCAGCCUUGUCAAGCUGGUUGUUACUUGGAGUCCUCUCGCUUGAGAAAAGGCCAUUCGGUAGUGCUUCGAAACAUAAGAUGAGGUAGAAACAAGCGAAAAGUAGCGAAAGUCCUACUAUACGGUAGCUGUGACCGUUUCGACCAUGGGCCCGAUGAUACUAAGCUUAGCUUUUACCCGUUGUUGCGAACUAGAGA